ACCCCACACCUAGAAGAGUUAUUUGUUACAUAGAUCUUUGUCCUAAUGUCCCAAACUUGGAAAUUAUGACAUAAUUAAGUAACAAUCAUGCCGAAAAACAAGGAUAUCUAGACUGAUGGUGGAGAUAUUAGAGCCUAAAAUGAAAAGCUUGGAUCUAUAUAAGCUCCAAUGCAGACUGAAGGACAUCUACUUUCCAUAUAUCCAGUGCGACGAAAUGUGCGAGACAGGGAAAACUGAAACACCAAUUGAGUUCCAGGUUAAUGGUGUUGAUUUGACUGAAAUUGAAGGUGGGGAGGUUGCAGUUACCAACUUACAUUCUUGCAAUGGAGAUGAAUUUACUUUUCAGCUUCACUUUUCCCUUAGAAAAGACCAUCAUACAACAAGCCCAGGCUCUAAGGCAUCUCAAGAAGCAAAUGCUCGCCUUAGGUGUGUUUAUCUUCCUAUUGUUGAGGGGGAAGAGUGUAUUGAGAGGAUUUUGGAAAGUCUGGAAGCUCAAGGAUGUGGAAUUCCAGAAAACUAUGAAAGCUUCAGUCGUGUUUCAGUUCGUCGGCUUGGUCGUCUACUUCCAGAUGCUCGCUGGGCAUUACUUCCAUUUAUGGACUUCAAGCAGAAGAAGGGAGAUAAAGCUCUUAUAUUGAAGAGAUGCUGCAUGAGAGUUAAAUGCUUUGUUGAAACAGAUGCUGGUUUUAAUCCAACUCCUUCUAAGACGGAUCUAGCACACCACAACCUUUUUACCAUUGCUUUGAAAAAUUUUGGCAGUAAGUCAUUUGAAAAAGAGAAGAACUCUGGCAGUAAGUCAGUUGAAAAGGAGAAAGAUAUAACAAUCGAAGUUCAUAGAUCUGGAAGACAAAUAAACCCUUCACAACUAGAAAAAGAGUAUCAGAAUUGGAUCCUUCAGAUGCAUGAUGACCAUGAUGAGGAGAUCAAUUCUGGUGAGGAUGAACCGGUUCUUGUCAUAAGCCCUCUGAAUAAGAAGGAGCUUGGCAUUUCAUCAGAUGUUGUAAGGGUGCAUAGGAUUUUCAAGAGGAAGGGGUUAUUAUGGAAAUAUGGGCAAAACAUAAAGGUUCUGAAGGGAGCUUGCGCUGGGUGCUGGAAGAAUAAUGUCUAUGCAACAUUAGAAUAUUUUUUAAUUGAAGGAUUUCAGGGAGAUGCUGGUGGGGAAGCUCGAAUUAUAUGCAGGCCACUGGGUGUGCCAGAUGAGAGUGGUUGUAUCCUUGAAGUGAAUGACGGGAAUGCUCGGUUAGAUAUUCGUAAUUCGUUAUCCUUUCCAAUUAGUAUCAUUGAUUGCGGAAAGUGUUGUGCCAUUGAAAAAAAUGAGUGGGUGGAUCGCCUCGAGAAACAAAAGCAGAAAGCCCCAUCUAUGAUUGAUCUGCUGAAUGAGAAACACUGUCAAGAGUUGGAAUUUGGUGGGGCGUUAUCUCAUGAUCCAGUUCUUGCUGGACAAGUUCCACCAAGUUUUGUGGCCGUUAUCCGACCUGGUAAUUUUGAUUCUUCGGGUGCUUCUAAGAACUUGGAUCAAAAGUUUAUUAUCAAGAGCAACUUUGAAAUGCUUUUGGAAGUCAAAUUCAGAAGAGAAGUCAAGUCUCAAGAUGAUCAACAUAUUUACUCAGGACGUUCAGCACCUUCUUCUCUUAAAGGGUUUCAUGGUUUAUACAUCUUUUCGCUAGGAUGUAGGUUCCCAAAAUUAUUUGAGAAUGCUGGUGUUUAUACAUUUACUUUCUCCAUUCCAGAGUCAGGUUGCGAGACAUGUGUAAAACAUGUUCUUGUUAAGGCAUCAUCUGAGGUUGGAGAGUGGAAAAUUAUAAAUCAUGAAAAGAAUACAUCAUAUUCUAUCCAGGUUGGUUCAUCUUUCCCACCUUGCUCCAUUGCUUGUUAUGACAUCUAUGGGAAUCGAAUUCAUUUUACUUCUACCCCAUCUGUGAUCGCCAAACUUAUUACAACGAACGGUUUAUGCAUUGAGAUAGAUAAAGUGAAGGUUAAGCUUUCAUAUGAUAAAUCGAUUGUUAAGAUUGAGAAUAUACUAAUUCAUAGCAACGAGUUAGACAGGAUCAGACCAAGUUAUGCUGCAACGUUGGUGAUAUAUCAAGAAGAUGAGUUGGUUUCAGUUUCCAUUCCAUGUGAAAUUGUACCGGGAUCUUUGCGGCAUGUCAUUGUAUGGUCACCAACAUUGAGGAAUAACUUGCUUCCUGGUUGUGUGAUUAGCCAUUUGAUGUUGGAGAUGUUUGAUGAAUAUGGUAAUCAUAUUAUAGAAGGCUCCGAAGUUGAAUUGAAUGUGGAUGGAUUUCACAUCCAAGGCCAGAUAGGCCGAAAGCAUAAGGUGAAUGAUCUUGGAUAUGUAGACCUCAGUGGAGUUCUGAAAGUAAAUGUGGGUUAUGGAAAAAGUGCAUCGCUUAUUGUUUUGUCUGAUAGUAAAGCAAUUUUCAAGCAAGAGUUUCAAACUGAAACAAGAAAGCUCAUGGUUGCAUCAGGGGUACCUGAAUCCUGCGUUGCAGGCUCUCACUUAGAAAAUGUAGUUUUUGAAAUUGUUGACUCUAAUGACGAAGUUGAUGGAACUAUCCAUUACGAUGAGGAAUGCAAUGGAGCCCAUACUCUAACAAUAAAGUCGGAGUCAUUUAAUAAGAAUCAGUUGUUUCAAUAUGCUUUUAUACAUGGACGCUGCACUGUUCCGUUUCUCCCUCUCCCUAAGAAUGAAGGGACAAUUUGCUUUGAAGUUUCUCAUUCUCGUCAUGCAGAGCUGCAUCUUACUGUCAAGAUUCGUGUUGAGACAGCUAAAACUGCAGAAUUAGAGCCUGCUACAAAUGUGAGCUGGCAUGAGUAUCAAUCAUCUUGUUUAUAUAGAAAAAGUUUGCUGCUCGAAGACUCCUCAAACGGUCAUGCAGCUAAUGUGGUAUCAUUGAUGAAUAAUGAGAAGGUGCUUGCAGAUGGAAUUGAGAAAUAUGGUUUGCUUAUUGGGAAACUUGAAAAUCAGCUGGAACUUCUAAAUGGUUUUAAGGCAAAAGUCGAGCACGAGAAGGGUGUUUUGCAAGGUCUUGAUAAUCUGGACUGCUUGUGCACACGAGAUGAAAUCAUCAAAAGGAUCGAGAACAAGGGUGGCACUGCUGCUGCUCUUUUUUGUUGCUUGUUGAGAAGAGACAUAUUUGAAGAGCCACAUAUUUGUUUAAUGAAGAAUUUAUCAGUACAUCCUAUAAUGUAUUUUCUUUUAUUAUAUUGACAUUUUUCUCAAUGCAGAAUAUUGGCUGAAUACUUGGGUGAAGAUCAGCUGUUUGCUGUGGUGUGUAGAUCCUCUGAAGCUGCACGUGAGCUUGAGUAUUACAACCAAGAUGGAGAAGUUAAUUAUAAUCUCGGUCUUCAUGCUGAAGCUGCAGCUCUUGGAAAGUCUAUAAAUGACCGAUUUCUUGUUAUAUGCCUUGAGGAUGUAAGAGCUUAUACAGGGGAGUUUAUAAGGGAUGACCCUCAAGAAAAGCUAGCCUUGCCAGAUCCUACCUUACCAACUGGGGAAAUUCUACCAGGUUUCAUGGGGUAUGCAGUUAAUAUGAUAAACAUAGAUGCUCAUCACUUAAAAAAUACAAGAACGGCUGCAAACCAUGGUCUCAGGGAGACCCUAUUCUACAGUCUAUUCGGUGAGGUUCAGGUGUAUGAAACGAGAAAGCAUAUGGAAGUUGCUCGUGCAUAUAUAAAUCAUGGUGCUGUAUCUUUAGAUGGUGGAAUUUUGAAGCCGAAUGGAUUUGUUUCACUUGGAGUUCGGAAUUCUAAAAUAUAUUUUCCAGUUCAGAUACAUGAAUCUCCUGAAAGUACAAAGAUCUCGAGACAAAUUAAGGAGAAGAAUGUAGAUUUGGAAAAAGUUAACCUCAAAAUACAGGAAGUAACUAAUUAUCAUAAAAAAGCUACCAAGAAAUUUGGCAAGAGAAAAACGAAGUACCUAAAGCUUGUGGGUGGUAUCAAACCUGCCUCUGUGAAAUCAGAAUGUGAAUCUUGAGAUAA